ACAAUUGACGGGGUUGAUAAAGUUCUCGACGAGGUGCGCCCUUAUUUGAUUUCCGAUGGUGGAAAUGUAUCGGUGGAAAGCGUAGACGCAGAUUCGCAAACGGUAUAUCUGAAGCUUGAAGGAGCGUGCGGGUCUUGUUCAAGUUCAACGGUCACAAUGCAAAUGGGAAUUGAGCGUGUACUGAAGGAGAAAUACCCCAAUCUGAGGGAGGUUUUACAGGUAGAAGAUGAC